AUGCGUCCAUUAUCAUUAAAAGGACAUGAACGUGCUUUAACUCGUGUGCGUUUCAAUCGUGAAGGAGAUUUAUUGUUCACUUGUGCUAAAGAUAAAAAACCAUCUGUAUGGUAUACAGAAAACGGAGAAAGAAUAGGAACUUACGAUCAGCAUAAUGGAGCUGUGUGGGAUAUCGAUGUUGCAUGGGACACAUCAAAAUGCGUUACCGCUUCCGGAGAUAACACCGUGAAGCUCUGGGAUUGUGAGUAUGGAACCUGUUUAACCACAGUCAAUCAUCAAACUCCCAUGAAGUCGUGCGGUUUCUCGUAUUCCGGCAACCUUAUCGUCUACACAACCCAGAAAAUGACUAAAAACCGUUCGACGGUUCAAGUGCGCGACACACGCGAUAGUGCAAUGAUGAGCGAAGCAGUUGAACCAAUAUUUAUUGCACAUUUCGACAUCAAUGCCGGAACCGCUGUGUUCAACAAACUUGAUGACGAGAUUACAAUCGGAUUUGAGUCGGGUUUAAUUUCCCAAUACGACCUGAGAAACUCGGAGCGAUCCAAAAAUGAUAAUGAAUCUGUUCACCGGUAUUCUAUUCAAGAUCUCCAACUCGCGCCGACUGGCGAGUUUUUGAUUUCAUCGUCUCGAGACAAAACCGCCGCCCUUCUCGAUGUCAAUGAUCUCAAGAAAUUAAAACAGUACAAAUCUGAAAGACCUGUUAAUUCUGCGUGCAUCUCACCGAUCCGCGAUCACAUCUGCCUUGGAGGAGGAGAAGACGCGAUGCAAGUCACACAGACAUCCGUUUCAGCAGGACAUUUUGAAGCUAAAAUUUAUCAUAUGGUCUUCGAAGAGGAAUUCGCAAGAUUUAAAGGUCAUUUCGGUCCAAUCAAUACUAUGGCUUGGCAUCCUUCUGGAAAUAUUAUUGCGACUGGAGGAGAGGACGGUUACGUGAGAAUCCAAGAAUUUGAUGAAGAUUACGCCGAAUUCAAAUACGAUUUCUAA